AUGAAUAUAGAAGAACAUUUAUCUUUAGGUGAAUUUCAUGUGUCGAAUCUAAUAAGGAAUCAUAUCUCUAGAGGAUCACCAAAACAAGCUCUGGUUCUGUAUGGAGGAAUCCGCAGCAAAGGAGUGUUUUUUCCCGGAUGGGUUCCUUUGCUUUUGAAAGCGUGUGCUUGCGUUGCUCCACGUGUUGUUCUUGGGAAGCUGUUGCAUUCUGAGUCGAUCAAGUUCGGUAUUUGCUCCGAUGUUAUGGUGGGAAGCUCUCUGAUCAGCAUGUAUGGGAAAUGGGGUUGUAUAGUUUCUGCUCGUAAAGUGUUUGACGAAAUGCCUGAGAGAAACGUGGCUACUUGGAACGCUAUGAUUGGUGGGUAUAUGGGUAAUGGCGAUGAAGUUUCGGCUAGUGGAUUGUUUGAAGAGAUAUCCGGAAGCAGAAAUACGGUGACUUGGAUCGAGAUGAUGAAAGGGUAUGGGAAGAGAAAUGAGAUUGAGAAAGCUAAAGAAUUGUUUGAGAGAAUGCCUCUUGAGCUGAAGAAUGUGAAGGCUUGGUCGGUGAUGCUCCGAGUGUACGUUAGUAAUCGAGAAAUGGAUGAUGCAAGGAUGUUUUUCGAGGACAUACCAGAGAAGAACUCCUUCAUAUGGUCAUUGAUGAUCUCUGGGUAUUUUAGGAUAGGUGAUGUGCGUGAGGCUACAGCUAUUUUUUAUCGAGUUUGUUCUCGUGAUUUGGUGAUUUGGAACACUCUGAUCACUGGUUAUGCACAGAAUGGGUACUCUGAUGAUGCUAUUGAUGCUUUCUAUAAGAUGCAAGGAGAAGGGUAUGAACCAGAUGCUGUCACGGUUUCAAGUGUUUUAUCUGCUUGUGCUCAAUCUGGCCGUCUUGAUGUUGGCAGAGACGUUCACUCUCUGGUUUAUCAUAAAGGAAUCGAACUUAACCAGUUUGUUUCAAAUGCGUUGAUCGAUAUGUAUGCUAAAUGCGGGGAUCUAGAGAAUGCGACUUCCGUGUUUGAGUCGUUAAGUCAGAGAAGUGUAGCGUGCUGGAACUCAAUGAUUUCAUGUUUCGCCAUUCAUGGGAAAGGCAAAGAAGCUUUAGAGAUGUUCAGAACGAUGGAGAGCUUAGAUACAAAUCCCGACGAGAUCACUUUUAUGGCGGUUCUCACUGCUUGUGCACAUGGAGGGUUUUUAAUGGAAGGUCUAAAAAUAUUCUUGGAGAUGACUCAAAAGGAUGUGAAACCAAACGUUAAACAUUUCGGAUGCUUGAUUCAUCUCUUAGGACGGUCUGGGAAACUGAAAGAGGCUUACAAAUUGAUAAGAGAAAUGCCUGUGAAACCGAACGAUACAGUUUUGGGAGCUUUACUAGGUGCCUGCAAGGUCCAUAUGGAUACAGAAAUGGCUGACCAAGUGAUGAAGAUCAUCGAGACUACAGGAAGCAUCACAAACAGUGACAGCGAGAACCAUCUUGUGUCGAUAUCGAACUUAUAUGCACACGCCGAGAGAUGGGAAACAUCAGAAACGAUAAGAGUGGAAAUGGAGAAAAGAGGACUUGAGAAAUCCCCAGGGUUUAGCUCACUAGUUUUGAUCUGA